UUUUUCCCACAACCAAUGAAAAUGAAACCUUCCGCCUUCCAUUCCAUCAUCAAUAGGCUUCAAGUUCAACUUCUAUGGCUUCCCUCUCCUUCCUCCCCCUACCAAACCCCCUCUCUCCGACAUCCUUCCACCCAAAGCUCCAACCUUUACCGCGAAGACCCCGCCUUUUUCCAUUUCCCCCAUCCCUCAGACUCCAUCUCAGAAACCCUAUAAAGUUCUCCGCCCAAGAUCAAGAGGAGCUGUCCAAGCCCCCUUCAUCCGUUGCGGUGGUUUCGGAUGAAAAGGAGGAGGGAGGGUCUGAUCCUCGCGGCGGCGGAGGAAGCGAGGAAAAUGAAGAACAGAAGAAGCAGCAGGAGUUAGACUGGAAGACUGAUGAAGAGUUCAAGAAGUUUAUGGGCAACCCAUCUAUCGAGGCGGCAAUCAGGCUUGAGAAGAAGAGAGCUGACAGGAAGCUCCGAGAACUCGACCAGGAAACAGAGAGCAACCCCAUAGUCGGCUUCUUCAAGAAGGCGGCAAGGUAUAGCUUGGCUAGGGAGAAGGAGAGGCUGGAAAAAGCGGAGGAGGCUUUCAAGGCAUUGGAUCUCAACAAGUUGAAGAAUUGUUUUGGGUAUGACACAUUCUUUGCUGUGGAUGUGAGGAGAUUUGGUGAUGGGGGAAUUUUUGUGGGUAAUUUGAGGAAACCCAUUGAAGAGGUGAUGCCGAAAUUGGAAAGGAAGCUUUCGGAGGCAGCUGGGAGAGAAGUGGUCUUGUGGUUUAUGGAAGAGAAGAAAGAUGAUAUAACUAAGCAGGUUUGCAUGGUUCAACCUAAGAAAGAGAUGGACCUUCAAUUUGAGUACACAAAGCUGAGCACUCCUUGGGGAUAUGUUAGCGCAAUUGCAUUAUGUGUGACAACAUUUGGGACAAUAGCUUUGAUCAGCGGUUUCUUUCUUAAACCUGGCGCCAGAUUUGAAGACUAUGUGGCUGAUGUCAUACCACUUUUUAGUGGUUUCCUGACAAUAUUAGGGGUUUCUGAGAUUUCGACGAGAAUAACAGCUGCUCGCUAUGGCGUAACUCUGAGCCCAUCAUUUUUAAUUCCAUCUAACUGGACGGGUUGCCUCGGAGUGAUCAAUAACUAUGAGUCGUUGCUUCCCAACAAGAAAGCUUUGUUUGAUAUUCCAGUUGCUCGCACAGCCAGCGCGUAUCUGACUUCGUUAGCGCUGGCAGUCUCUGCAUUUAUUGCGGAUGGAAGCUUGAAUGGAGGAGAUAAUGCACUAUUUAUAAGGCCACAAUUCUUCUUCAACAACCCCCUCCUUUCUUUUGUUCAAGUUGUUAUAGGUCCCUAUGCGGAUGAAUUGGGGAAUGUUUUGCCUAAUGCUGUUGAAGGGGUGGGUGUGCCGGUUGAUCCCCUUGCUUUUGCUGGCCUUCUAGGGAUAGUAGUGACCUCGCUGAACUUGCUGCCAUGUGGAAGACUCGAAGGAGGCAGAAUCGCACAGGCUUUGUUUGGAAGAAGCACAGCAACUCUGCUUUCUUUUGCGACUUCACUGCUGCUGGGAAUCGGUGGACUGAGCGGCAGUGUGCUUUGCUUGGCCUGGGGCUUGUUUGCAACCUUCUUUCGUGGCGGAGAAGAAAUUCCGGCCAGGGAUGAGAUCAGUCCCCUCGGCGAGGACCGUUAUGCAUGGGGCUUGGUCUUGGCCGUAGUUUGUUUCCUUACACUCUUGCCCAAUGGAGGAGGAACCUUCUCAAGCUCCUUCCUCAAUCCUCCAUUUUUUAGAGGAGACGGGAGCUUCUAAGAGCUACCUUUCAUUUGUAAAUCAAUCUUGUAAUGCAUUAUCAAUCCUUCUUUUUUGAGGCAUACUUCAAUACUGUAUGAGAAACAUUAAUAAUUCUUAUUGUUAUUAUUAUUAUUAUUA